AUGCUUAGAUCAACUGUGUUUUGCUCUUUACUCUCUAAAUACCCAUUUCUUAAUUCAGAGAUUGUUGACAGUGGUAAUACAGUUACAGUUGAUAGUAGUGAUGACUUUCAAGGCAAUAAGCUUCAAGAUUAUAUGAAGCAACACCCUAAAGUUGAUACUUUGAUUAUUAAAGCUGACUCAUUUAGCAAAAUACAUUAUCUCCAGGUUUCAACAGUCAAAAUUCAAAGUUCCGCAACUGAACUUCCUGAUUAUUUUCUUCAACAAAAUCUAUUUAUUAAAACAGUUGAACUUCCUGAAACGAUUACAAAAUUUGGCACUGAAUGUUUCGCUGGGUCUUCUCUCCAGAAGAUUACAAUACCAGGAACAAUGACAGAUUUGGGUACUGAAACAUUUUUACACUGCUACAGUUUAACAGAACUUUCCAUUAAGGGUCAGAUCAUACCUGAAAGUUUUGCUCUUGAAUGCUAUAAUUUAACAAAAGUGACAAUAACUGGAGACUCUAUCUCAAUCGGUGAUAGAGCAUUUGCUUAUUGUUACUCACUUACCUCAUUUGACUUUUCCAAAGUUACCUCAAUUGGUAAUUCUUCUUUUAAAUAUACAGGACUCCAAACCAUAUCUUUACCAGCAUCAGUCGUAGUUAUAGGUAACUCUGCCUUUAUGUAUUCUAAAUUACAAUCUUUUUCAAUUGCUGGCAGCGGAGUAUCGAUAGGUGAAUCUGCUUUCCUAGGAACACAAAUCACAUCUGCAAAAAUUACAAAUAAACCAGAACUUGGUAGUAAUAUAUUCAGCCAAUGUGUUGCCCUUGAAACUAUUGAAACAGAUGCUACAGAAAUUCCAGAAGGAUUUGCAAGCUAUUGCACAUCCCUUAAAACAGUAACUGCAGCAUCAGCAACUGAAAUUGGUGAUAGAGCUUUCUAUAAUUGCAAGGUAUUAGAAUCAAUUUCCCUUAAAGACGAUGAUACUGAAAUUGGUGACCAAGCAUUUGAAUACUGGGAAAAAUUUGUUUUCAGCUUUAAUUCACAUGAAUACCAAAUUGGAACAUAUGCCUUUGCUUAUUGCACAAAGAUUACAGUUCCAUCACUGAACAAAGCUACAAGUGUUUCAGGAUUUGCCUUCAUUGGAUGUGAUUCAAUUGAUACACUCACAAUUAAUUGGAAAUUAAAUUCCGUAGGAAUUUUUAUGGGCUGCAAAGGCUUAGAGAGUGUCACAUAUGGUUAUGUGCCCGAUGAUGAGGAAACAUCUGUUCCUAAUAUUCCUUCAUAUACUUUUUGCAACUGCUCAUCAUUGGAUACAUUCACUGACAAUAGUGGAGUAAGAAAAAUUAAUGAGUAUGCAUUUGCAAGCACUGCAAUUAAAGAAAUUGUCAUCAAGAAUGCAACUGCUUCAGAUAAUGCAUUUGCCGGCAGUAAAAUCGAGAAGAUAACAUUCAAGGGAGCAGAAAAUGACAAUAUGGACAUUUUUACUAAUUGCAAGAAACUUAAAUCAAUUACAUUCAGCUCUUUUGCUACAAAAGAUAAUGUUAAAAUGGAAUUAUAUGAUUUGAAAUUAGACGAAAUAUUAGUUGAAAAUGGUAAUGCUGAUCUUUCAAUUUCAAAUGAUUUAUUACUUUACGAUAAAACUGAUUUACUUUAUGUAACCCCCCAAUUAUCCGAAAGUGAGUUAACACUACCAGAGGCAAUUACAUCAAUUGAAAAAUAUUGCCUUACUGCUAACAGGAAACUGAAAAAGUUAACUCUUUCACAUAAGCUUGAAGAUACAAUUCAAUUUGAGAGAUCUCAUUCAGUUAAAGAAAUAGAAGUUUCUCUUGAAUAUAACGAAAGUAAUAUUUUAAAGAUUAAUAAUUUUGAGGAACUCAAAACUCUCAAAAUCAGUUCCAAAUUCACUGAAGUUGUGAGAGCAGCUUUCCAAAACAACUAUAAACUUCAAGAAGUCCAACUUCCUGACACUGUAACAACGAUUGAAAACGAAGCAUUUAUGAACUGCUAUAAAUUAAAAACAAUUAAUCUUGAUAAGGUUGUCGAAUAUGGAAGUCAGGCUUUUGAAUUCACUGCUCUUGAAUCAUUUGAUUUCAGUAAAAUGGAAAGUCAAACCAUUCCAUCUGGAUUAUUGAUGUUUUGCUACAAGCUCAAAGAAGUAAAAGGAGCAUCAAAUAUUACAACAAUUUCUUCGGGUGCUUUUGCCCACUGUACAAAAUUAAAGACAUUUGAUUUCCCAAUUUUAACUACGAUUAUGGCUAAUGCAUUUUGGAAUUGCACAAGUAUAAAGGAAUUCAAUUUCAAAAUAGUUUUAGAAAUCUAUCCAUCGGCCUUUGCUCAAUGUACAUCUCUUAAAUCAGUUGAAAUUACUCAUCCCAUCACUUUUAUAACUUAUCAAAGCAUGGAAUAUAUGUCAUCUGUCUUCUCGUUAUGUGAAUCUCUGAAAUCAGCUGAUCUCUCUGGAUUAAACUUUAUUCCAAAUGGUCUCUUUCCAGGAUGCUCAAAGUUGAAUGAUGUCACAUUCAGUUCUCAUCUAAUAUCAAUAGGGGAAGGCGCCUUUUUGCAAUGUGGAUUCAAAGAAUUAACAAUUCCAGAUUCUGUUGUAAUGAUAGGUGAUGGUGCCUUUGGAAGUAAUGAUAAGCUAAAGAAAGUAACAAUCGGAAAAGGAACACCCAAUUUUGAUGAUGGAUGGUUUGCCCCUGCAACUCAAUCAAUCAAGGUUGUAAUUCCAUCUUCAGUCAAAAGCAUUGUAAAAUCAGCUUUCAAUUACAUGGACAAUGUUAAGAUUGAAUUUUCGUCAGAAAACGAUUACAAUUUUUAUUGA